UUCGGUUGCUAGGGCCGCGCUGUUGCUAGGGCCGCGGCAGAGCGCCGUGGCGGCGGCGGGCCAGGAGGGCAGCGGCUGUCGCCGCCUUCCCCGGGCCGGGGCGAUGGUGAAGCUCGCUGCCAAGUGCCUCCUGGCAGGAGAUCCAGCUGUGGGGAAGAGUGCUUUAGCCCAGAUGUUCCGCAAUGAUGGGGCUCAUUUUCAGAAGAACUACACGCUGACAACGGGCAUAGAACUGUUGGUGAAGGCUGUAUCGGUUCCAGAGACAAGUGAUAGUGUGGAAUUCUUCAUUUUUGACUCUGCAGGAAAAGAUCUAUUUUCUGAAAUGCUGGAGAAACUGUGGGAGCAACCCAACGUCCUGUGCCUUGUGUAUGAUGUCACUAAUGAGCAGUCUUUCAACAACUGUGCCAAGUGGUUGGAGAAGCUGAGGGCUCAAGCAGUUGGAGUGCACAUCCCAGGUGUCUUAGUGGGGAAUAAAACAGACCUUGUUGGUCGUCGAGUUGUGAAGCAGAAACAAGCACAGGAGUGGGCUGAGAAACAUGGCCUGGAAUACUGCGAGAUGUCAGUGAAAGAGAUGAAAAAUUUUGAGGCUCCUUUUCACAUCCUGGCAAAGUCAUUCCACCAACUGUACAAAGAGAAAGUGGAAACUUUUCACUCACUAGCUUGAGGGCCGUGACUGGAAUGACUUAUUUAUCCUCUAAGCUUCUCCAAGUGUCCAGAAUCCUGCAGGACAGAAUACAGAGAGAAGAAAAAAAGAUGAGCUAUUUGCUUCUUCAUGGUCAUCUUCUGGUAAUUCAAAAUAAACUAGAAAUAAGCAAGUGGAAAGACACUCUUACGAAGCUGCUACCUCAGCAUUCCUUUCAUGUCCUCUACCUUGGUUCUCUGCUUACUGAAAGUCUGCUAGGUUGGAGGAGGCGGGGAGUAAAAGGGGAGGGCAGAAUGGAAAUUGCCAGCUCUCUGCUUUGAUAUUGUCUUGUCUCUUGUUUGAACAGACUUCCUGCUGCUACAAGCAAGGAUUUAGAGGUUUGGGGAAGAAGAGAGGAAGCUGACAGGAUUUGUUUUAAUUUAAGCAACCCAUCCUUGAUACAUAUGUUGCAGGGCAGGACCAAUUUGGCCCUGCUGCUAGAAAUGCAUUUUCAGUACGAGGCCUAUGGCCUAAAAUCAACACAUGGAGACUGAGAUGUGUGGGGACUGAGCUGGAUUUAGGUGUGUUUCUAGGAGUGCCCAAGAGAUUGAGCACUGUUUGAGCACUGAUUGAGGCCUGUUUUAGCAGUAUUACUCUUACCAGUUGUAGGACUGAUAUGCUGGUGUCCAGUAUGUGUUUCUGACUUCUAGAAUCUGGUUUUUUUCUUCAGCGUGGCUCACUUUCACUGCCUGGUAGGAACUGUCUUGCACCUGUACCGCUGUCACUUGGUAAUGCAGUGCCCUCUGCUGGUCCCAGGUCACAAGAUUUCUCAAGAAGCUACCUCUCUUGAAGCAAGCAGGACUUCCUAUGGGCACAUCUAAAUUGCCUUAUCGGCAAAAUGGGGUCAGAUAGCAAGAAUACGUCUUAUUCUAAAGAUGAGUCCAAAAUUUAAAACAAAUUAUCCUUUCUUCUUUAUGUCUUUGUCAUCUUAAGUGGUUUUGUGUUAUUUUUCUUUUUGUCAGCUGAAUUUGGCAAUACCGUGUUCUCAUUAGGUUCAGUUCUCAAUCCCUUACUAGAAUCAGAGUCGUCUUUGUUGUUGAACUGUCCCUGCUUGUCCUUGAGUUUCAGAUUAAAAACCACAAUUCUGAUGUCACUAGUGGAAAUAGGACCAAGGAAAUGAAAGACAGUCUGUCUAAGUUACUCUGACUCAGCCCUGCCUGCUUAGAAGUUUCGUAUCAGAAAGGGUAAAAGCCUGGAGAGUACUGCUCUUUUAUGUGGAGUACUGAUGUUGUGGGGAUGAGAGUCUAUUUGCUAAUGUAGUAUAUGAAAGCAUCCGUGGUAAGGUAGUGCCUUGUCACUGACCCUAACACCAAGGAGUUCAAAACCAUAACCUUUCUCUUCUCCCAGAUUAUGUUAGCCUUUCUUGGGCAAGGGGAGAUGAAUUUUGUAGAGAGUGAGCGCUGAAUGAUUUUACAAGCAGGCUUUUCAGGAAUCUGUCUUUCAAGACUUUUACAUGUGCAUUUUAUAACCAUUUUUAUGCCCAAUGCUAAGACAAGUAUAUUGGAUUAAACAUAAGAAAUAUGGCUGCAGAUGUUGUAGCAGAGUUUAUGAAGCACUUCAAGAAUCUGGAGAAGCAUCUGGGCUCAUUUCACCAGCAACAGUUUGUUGAGGCUGGGAAUUAGCUAGGGAGCAUGAAUACCAGGUAAAGAGGUUAAGUAAAGUAGGAGCUCAGCCCGUAAGAAAAGAAAAUGAAUAGAUUCUUUUGCUAGAAGCCACCUCAAAAAAAUGACAGAACCAGCUGGGAGAGCUCUUGGUUCCUCCAAAGAAGGAAGGACUCCUCCAUGGGCUUAGGGUAACCAGAAGACUCACUCUUUUUUUAAUUGGAUUAGCGUUACUGGCAUUUGUAUCUUAUAUGGGUGGUCUUGUUAAUCCUGGGGAGUGUCUGUUGAUUUACAUGGGCUGAGUAGAGUCUUGCCUGCAGGUGCUAGUACCUCUGACUAUUAAGAAUAAAAGUUAUUUUGGAUGCUGUGCUGAUCUCGUUAAAGAAUUGAAGAAGGUUUGUUUUGAUUUAGUAACUCAUUUCCCCCUGGUUCUAUUGAUGAUGCAAUUACAACACAAGACAGAUAUUUUUUCAUAUUGAAAACAGCAUGCCAGGUGUGUAUGCCACCUGUGACGUGGUAUAUAGGGGGGACGAAUGCCUUUGGAAUGAGUGAUAAAAUGAAUCCUAUGCAAUGUCUAACCAGGGAGUUCAAUCUCCCUGCACCAGAAGGACCUCCCAUAACUUCAAAUAAACAGCCUAAAAGCACCAGUCAGAUGAAGAUUGGUGAACGCUGUUUUAUUAAAUGAAUGCAAAAGCUGGAGGAUCUCAUUAAGGGAAUGCUGGCAGUGGUGAUUUGUGAUUUAUAGGGAAGCUGCUUUUGAGAGGUUAGUGAAGAAAAAUGCAUCCCAUGCAGGGAAAGAUAUAUUGCCUGAGAGAGGAAAUGUAUGAUCUAAUUAGCUAGCAGUAGGGAAUCACCCACUGCCCGUUUCCAUCUUUCCACAGGCCAUGACUAGAAUUAGAAAAGAGGUUGUGUCUAAAGCAUGUUGUCCAACUUGCUUUUUACAGGACUAUCUCAACCACUAAUGUAGACACAAUUUCAUGUCCUUCAAAAUGGUGUGUUUGACAAUAACCAUCUCAGUCAUUCCAAAUGCAUUUUAAAAGCAUAAUAUGUUGUCCUUCCUGGCUAAUGUACUAUAUAGUACCAGCAUGAUGCAAGUGAUGCUUGUUGCUAUUUUCCUAGCUUAUUUGUGACCUUGUUGUAGAGGCUAGUAGUGAAGAGUGGAUAGAGAACAUGUGAGCCAGAUACAGGAAAGCGGUGGAAAAUAGUUUUGUGUCUGUGUGAUGGAGUUUAGGGUAGUGAGAAGGUGAGCUGCACAAGCAGGAUGAGUAAGAAUCUGAAACCAUUAUUAAGUUUCUCUUACUGCGUUCAGUAACCGUUGCAGUCACGUCUGUAGGGUGAGGUUGCAUGUUUGCUGCUUAGAGCCUUAGCAUCACUCUGGAUUACAAACAUGGUGGAGAACAGUGGGAGGAAGACAGAAAGCCUGUCUGCUGACCAGGAAGCUUGUUGUCUUCUUACAGCUCCCCUACUUUGUCCAGCUGUGCGGUGCUGCAGGUGCUCAGCAGGGGUGUUUACAACGCACAAGAGACCCAGCUCAACCAGAACUGAAAUUUCAAAAGAAGGGGGAGGAAACAAACAGGCCUUUAACCAUGUUUAAGAGAUACAUACUCCUUUUUCCUGCUUGCUUGUUUGAUCAGACAAAACCAUUCUUCCCUCCUUGGAGUCCCUCCUUACUUUUCAUUUGGUCCUCAUGGUUCUGCUGCAUAGAAUCCCUGUUAUACUUGUGCCCUGCUUUACUUAGCUUGAUACAUCACCAGCUGAUUUUUUUUUUUUCCUUCUAAUUUCUGCAUUAUCUAUUCCCAAGGCUGCAAGACAUUUCUUCUUAGAGAGAUUAAUAGACGAAAGAAAACAAAAGUGGAAUUUUUAGUCAAAUUGUCUUGGAAGAAAGAACCUUAAGAAGCUGACUGACAUUCUGAAAUUUUACUGGGAGUUCAUUUGUGUAAAGUCGUCAUAUUAAAGAUGCUUUAAUGGUUUUGUUUUGUCUUGCCAGACAUAUUCUACUGUGGAGUGAAAUGCAGGAUGUAAAAUUCCAGAAAGAUCAGGUUUUAUUGUGGGAGUUAAUAGGAGUUUCAAAGCUGAUCAUACCGUGAUAAGAUCUGUUCAGUCUUAACAAUGGAGUGGUCACUGCUGUUCAUAAUAAAGCAUUAAAUAUACUGAAAUGGGCCUGUCAGAACAGUUUUUUUUCUAGAGACUUGUUCAUUUUAGAGACUUAAAACUUAAGAAAGGACAUCUUUCAGAAAGCUGAUCUGAUAAAUGACACCAUUUGGACCAGGGUUAUUUCUGAUAUAACUACAGUGACUUAAAGGGCUGGAUUUAGUCUUUUAUGCCAAUUGGACUCCCCUGGGUAAGCUUCAUUUCUUUACCCGCUAUACAUCUUGGACCGAUCUGACCUGAUAGCAAAAGACACAUGAUGUUGUUGAAAAUGAAAUACUGCCUUGGGGCAGAAGGAUAAACUGUGUGGCCUCCUGAGGUCCUCCCAGCAAUACUUUCUAUAAUUCUAUUAGAUUAAGUGGGGAAAGAAGUAGCGUGGAAAGCACAAAACAGGCUAAGUCAUAAACUAGCAAUUAAACUGGGAGCUGGGCUGGGCUACAGCAGAAAACAUACAAUCUAUCCCAAUUAAGGGCUGUAUCUCAAGAGAAACCAGGAGCCUGACGCAGGUGCUGACAGCAGGGAAAACACUGCAUUUCUGUUCUGUAGGCAGCAACUGCUUUCUACUGGUGCUUACACAGAUCCAUGGGGGUCCAUACCCUGCUCAAGACUAUGCUCAGCUUUUAAUAAUUACUCUAUCUAUGAUGCUCAGGUGGCAACGGCUUGCAGUUGUUGUCUUGUCUGCUCGUAUAAAGCCAGCAGUGUGACGGCAGAUUAUCUGCUGGAGCAGGAAGACAUUCUGUUCUUGACACCAUUCAUGAUGGGACCUCUCUCUCCCCAUGCAUUCUCAGUCCUUCUUUUCCUUCUCAUAUCCACUUUUGAUGUAGAAUAUCCACCUCUGCUUGUUCUUAGCAAGUAAUUUUUCCAUCUUGCAGAUGGAACUCCAUGGAAGCUGGGGUUAAGGGACUUCUAGGACCUUCUGCAGCAGAGGUGGAGUCUGAGCAGAAGCUCUUCAAGGGCCAUGUUGGCCCCCACAACGUCUCUUAGCCUAAGGGCGCAUCAUCUCUCUGCUUCUCACAUCCUAUUUCCUCCUGCUGUCAUCUUGCCUUGAGAACAAUGUCUUCUGUGCUAGUUGCCCUUGGCUCUGUUGACCUGGAACAACAAUGCUUGGGGGAGGGAGAAAGACAA